AUGUAUCCGAAACCAGUCGAUUUUCGAUUCACGAAGGAUCUCUUCAAGUUUGUUGCAUUCCUCUUCUUUAUUGCUUUGUUUGGUUUCAUCUACACAAUCAUAAUAAUGAUAGAAAGGAACCAAUCUAUUAGAGAUAUCAUCAUACGAUCCCUGGACAUUAUCACGAUCGUGGUUCCGCCAGCUUUACCAGCUGCUAUGUCUGUCGGUAUCAUAAACUCUAAUCUAAGACUUCGGAAAGAGGAGAUAUUCUGUAUUUCACCAUCUACAAUCAACACGUGUGGUGCGAUUAAUGUGUGUUGUUUCGACAAAACUGGUACUUUAACUGAAGAUGGUCUUGAUUUUCAUGCACUUCGUGCCGUAAGGCCCCCAAUUUCUUUAAACUUUAUUUUUCAGGAAAAAUCAGAAAUGAAUCCUGCAGAUUUCCCUUCAGACGGUGAAUUGAUUACUGCCAUUGCUACUUGCCAUUCUCUCACUAAAAUUCAUGGUGAAUUACAUGGCGAUCCCCUUGAUUUGAUUCUCUUUAACAAGACCGGAUGGGCGAUGGUGGAAACGGUUGAUGAUAGGGAGGAGAGCGAAAUGCAACUCUACGAUAACGUCCAGGUACUUUAUCUUAGUGGAGAGUACAGUGUCAUCCGGCACUCUUCACUUCAACGAAUGUCGGUGAUUGUCUCAAAUCCUCGUGACGAUUCAUCUCACGUCAUGACAUUGUUCUGCAAAGGCUCGCCGGAAAUGAUUCUAUCACUCUGUGAUCCAUCGACCGUUCCACAAAACUAUUCGACACAAGUGGAUCUAUACGCACAACAUGGCUAUCGUUUGAUUGCUGUGGCACGAAAAGCGCUCGAACUGAACUAUGCAAAAGCUUCGAAAGUUCCUCGCAAUAUGGUUGAAAACGAUUUGACGCUUCUGGGUCUUGUAGCAUUAGAAAACAGAGUAAAAUCUGUUACUAAGGGAGUGAUUAAUCAACUGAAUCGAGCUCGCAUACGAACAGUGAUGGUGACGGGCGAUAAUCUUCUCACUGCAAUGAGUGUAGCUCAAGAGUGUGGAAUUAUCCGACCCACUAAGACUGCUUACUUAAUUGAGCAUCGCGCCGAUGUAGUAGACGACAAAGGACGACUGCUUUUAACGCUCAGGCAGGUACGCACAGUUGUUGAAGACUCGAUUUCUGUUGAAGUUGGAAAGAAGCAUAUUCUCGAAAGUUCUUACCAGCUUUCAAUUUCAGGUCCGACAUUUGCCAUUGUAACACGUCACUAUCCCGAAUUACUGGAUAGGCUUGUGAGCGUAUGCGAUGUUUUUGCAAGGAUGUCUCCUGAUCAAAAACAGCAGUUGAUUAACGGUCUUCAAAAGAUUGAUUAUACUGUCGCGAUGUGUGGUGAUGGGGCGAACGAUUGUGCUGCACUGAAAGCUGCACAUGCUGGAAUUUCAUUAUCGGAUGCCGAAGCUUCAAUUGCCGCACCGUUUACGUCAAGAAUUGCCGAUAUUCGUUGCGUACCAACAGUCAUCCGAGAAGGUCGUGCAGCUCUUGUGACAUCAUUCGGAGUAUUCAAAUAUAUGGCUGGUUACUCACUAACACAAUUUACUACUGUUUUGCUUCUUUAUUGGAUUUCAAACACUUUGACAGAUUUUCAGUUUCUCUACAUUGACAUGUUCUUGAUCACAUUUGUUGCUUUGUUCUUUGGUAAUACACCGGCAAGUGACAGACUAAGUUCUACACCACCUCCCAUACGACUACUUUCUCUAGCCAGCGUUGCAUCUGUGUGUGGUCAGCUUUUAAUCAUUGCAAUCAGUCAGCUUUACGUAUUCAUUCUAAUAGCAAGGGAGCCGUGGUUUUUUCCAUAUGCACCGCCAGAUGGUCUUGAUAGAUUAAGUAGGAGAUCUAUGCAGGGCACUGGGCUGUUUUGUAUGUCAACUUUUCAAUACAUAACAUUGGCUCUCAUCAACAGCACAGGAGAACCGUAUCUUUCUUCCGUUUUCUUUUCCACCGGACCAUUCUGUCGAUUUCAUGUCUCGCUGAUCAUCACGCUGUGGCCACCCGGAUUCGUCAUUAAAUUUCUCGAGUAUGAUCCAAUUCCGUUUUUUGAAAAUCGUCUUUACUUGGUGAUCGUAGCUUUCAUUUGUACGGUGCUGUCAUAUCUUUUCCAUCGUGGAGUCGUUGAAUUCUUGAUUCUUCAGCUAAGAGAAAAGUGA